GGGCGAGGGUUUUGGAAUCGAGCCGAUCGCGCGGCCUGGCGCUGCUAAGGUGAUGCGAUCCGCGUUGUGUGUGAUCUCUCGGGGCGGAAAUUCGGGGUCUGGUGCCUGCAUUGGCUGGGAUUUGGGCCGCAUUGCUGCGACUGCGCUGGAAAUAUGACGCUCAUGGGAAAAGUUGACAAGUUCUCGGCCAUGAAGCGAUCCACAGUGUCAUCGGCAGCCAAGCGCACGGCAGAAUGAGAGAUGGGCGCCGAGUGAUCGAGCGUAUUGUCUGAGUGAUCAACUCUAACUAGAGCUCCAGACGCGAGUGCUGCAUUUGAGGGUAAUGUCUACUGAUGUUCCCACCGACGUGCUCGUGGAGGCUGGAGGCGUCAGCUUCGCUCUUCACAAGUUCCCCCUUGUGUCGAGGAGCGGAAAAAUUCGCAAGCUGGUUGCUGGGGACUCCAGGGAACUUGAUGUGUCGUUCAUUAAGCUCUCGGAUCUACCCGGAGGCCCCGAAGCGUUUGAGCUCGCGGCCAAGUUCUGCUAUGGGAUCAACUUUGAGAUAAGCGUGACGAAUGUUGCUACUCUCCGUUGCGCUGCUGAGUACCUUGACAUGACGGAGGACUACGGGGAUGGCAAUCUCGUGGCUCGCACCGAGGCCUUCAUCGACGAGAUUGCUACACAGAAUCUUUCAAACGCGGUGGCGGUGCUGCACAGCUGCGAGAGUCUACUUCCUCUAGCCGAGGAGCUCAAGAUCGUCAACAGGUGUGUUGACGCCGCGGCAACGGAGGUGUGCCGGGAGCAAUUGUCGAGCUUAUCUUCACACACCGACUUCAGCAACUCAGAGAGAAUGGAGACCUUGCAGCCAAAGGGUCCGGUCGACUGGUGGGCUGAGGACUUAUCCAUCCUCCGCAUCGACUUUUACCAGCGCGUUCUAGCGGCGAUGAUGUCCAGGGGCCUGCGACACGAGACGAUUGGAGCCGCUCUCAUGCACUAUGCUCAUCGAGCUCUCAAAGGUUUCAACAGGAAACAGGUGGCGCGAGAUUCGUCGCGGACAAAGCUCAAAGUUCACGACAGUGCCACUGCCAUUGAGCACGAGCAGCGGAUUCUGGUGGAGACAAUUGUGAGCAUGCUACCACGCGAGAAGAACUCCAUCUCGUGCAGCUUCCUGUUCGGUCUCCUGCGAACGGCCCUCAUCCUGGACACUACCAUGGCUUGCAGGAUAGAUCUGGAACAGAGGAUUGGCAUGCAGCUCGAGAGGGCCACACUGGAUGAUCUGCUGGUCCCGGCAUUUUCUUAUUCUGGCGAUACACUGUUCGACGUCGACAUUAUCCAUCGGAUAGUCGUCAGUUUUCUCAAGCAGGAAAGCGACGACAACAAAGUCAUGUACGAGUCGGACGGUGGGGCUUCUCCUUCCCAAAGUGCUCUCAUGAGGGUGGCCAAGCUGAUGGACGGCUACCUUGCGGAGGUAGCGCCCGACCCCAACCUCAAGGUGAGCAAGUUUAUCGCUCUCGCGGAGCUCUUUCCAGAUCACGCUCGGCUCGUGGACGACAGCCUCUACAGGGCCGUCGACAUUUAUCUAAAGGCCCAUCCGGCUCUGAGCGAUCUGGAGCGCAAGAAGCUGUGCAAGCUUCUGGACGUCCAAAAGUUGUCACAGGAGGCGUGCCAGCAUGCAGCGCAGAACGAGAGGCUACCCGUCCAGAUGGUCGUGCAGGUCCUUUACUACGAACAGAUGAGGCUGCGCACUGCCAUGACAACUUCAUUCGUGGAUGGGGAACAGGUGGGUCCGUAUUCCCAAAAGGCAGCUGGUCCCGGGGGCCUCAGCGCAGCCAUAUCACCCAGGGACCAUUACUCGUCCAUUAGACGGGAGAACAGGGAGCUCAAGCUGGAGGUGGCCAGGAUGAGAAUGCGGCUGACGGAUCUGGAGAAAGACCACGUCAACAUGAAGGAGGGCAUCCAGAAGACAGGAUCCAGCAGCAAGUUCCUGUCCUCGGUUACCAAAACGCUGAGCAAGCUCAAUCCUUUCAGGUUCAAGGACUCGUCCAACGUCCCCAACGCCAAGUCCGGCAUGAACAGCAGGAGGAGACGGCACUCCAUAUCGUGAGCAUCCACACGUCUUGCUUCAUGACCACGUACGUUAAGUCCUCUGUAAGGCCUCCGAGAGUGAUGUGCUUGCUAAAGUAUUCAUCUGUGGAAAGCUGGCCGGGAUUGAUCAGCUUCAACAGCCGGCUCACACAGGUGAAGGAUUAUAAUACAGACAGACUAGACUCUGGCACGGCUUCAGUGCUCUC